ACGGUUUCGGGUCCGUUGAAAUGAUUGGCGGCCCAGGGACUCAGCUCGGCAAAGAAAGCUGCCCUCUCCUCCGAACUGCUCUUGUUGUUUCCUCAUUUUUGAAAUGCGCGUAGCUCUUGGAAUGCUCUUGGGCGACUUGUGUUAUCACUUCCUGCCGUUGGCCCCUCCUUGGCCGAGCGGAGGAGAGGCAUUUUUCACUCGUCCUGUCGUCAUCCGCCAGCCCCUGAUGCCGUGGUGGAUUACCUGUGGAACCUGUGCCGCGAUAUCGACGACUGGGAAUCGUGCAUUCAUGGCUAAGUGGGGGCUCGUGGGGGCAGCCAGGGUCCCCGGUUAGGAAAACAGGAGCCUCAUUGCCUGAGACAUCAAACCGGGGCUGAAAAAUUUCGGCGACACCAACAAGCAAAAGCUCCGUUUGUCUGCCAGAUCCCACAGCUC